CCCACGGCGAAGAAGAAAAACCCGGAGACGCCAAAGGAUGCUUCCUCCGGCGGCGGCGGAGGCAAUAAGUCUGGGAAAUCCCACCACCGUCCUGCUUCGAGAGCAUUCGAUGAGGAUAUGGAGAUUUUCAUUAGCCGUGCAAUUGAGCUCAAAGAAGAAGGGAACAAGCUGUUCCAGAAACGCGACAACGAAGGAGCGAUGCUGAGGUACGACAAAGCCGUGAAGCUCUUACCCAAGGAUCAUAUCGACGUUGCUUAUCUGAGAACGAGCAUGGCUUCUUGCUAUAUGCAAAUGGGAUUAGGUGAGUACCCGAACGCGAUUAGCGAAUGCAAUCUGGCCUUGGAGGCUUCUCCUAGGUACAGCAAGGCUCUGCUUAGGCGUUCUCGGUGUUACGAGGCCUUGAACAAGUUGGAUUACGCGUUUAGGGAUGCUCGUAUCGUUUUGAACAUGGAGCCCGAAAACGCGUCUGCGAAUGAAAUCUUUGACAGGGUGAAGAAGAUGUUAAUGGAUAAAGGUGUUGAUGUGGACGAAAUGGAGAAGAGCUUUGUGAAUGUGCAGCCUGUUGGAGCUGCUCGUUUAAAGAAGAUUGUGAAGGAGAGGUUGAGGAAGACUAAGAAGAAGAAGAGUGGUGUGAAGGACGAGGAAGUGAAGAGCAACAGAGCCGUGGCUGAGAGUCCAAAGGUUGCGAAGGGAGACGACGCAGAAAUCAGAAAUAAGCCAAAGGAGGUAAAGAGCGAUAAGUCUGAGAUUGAUGGAAAGAUGGGUGGGAAUAGAGAAGUAAAGAAAGCCAGUUUCAAGAAUGAUAAAGGACAGAAGAAGAAGAGUGGUAACAAGGCGGCAGGAGAAGAGAGGAAGCUGGAGGAUAAGGUUGUUGUCAUGGACAAAGAGGUCAUUGCCUCUGAGAUUGUUGAAGGAGGAAAGAGCACAAAAGAAGAGGCAACAGUUGCUGCUAGGACGGUUAAAUUGGUACAUGGAGAUGAUAUAAGGUCGGCACAGUUGCCGCUGGAUUCAAGUGUUGGACUUUUAAGAGACGUAAUCAGGGAUCGCUUUCCUGCUCUAAGGGGUUUCCUCAUUAAGUAUAAGGAUCCAGAGGGUGAUUUGGUUACCAUUACCACGACGGAUGAGCUUAGGCUUGCUGCUUCUAAUCGUGAGAAACUUGGCUCCCUCAGAUUAUAUAUAGCAGAAGUUAACCCCGACCAAGAACCAACCUAUGAUGGCAUGAACGAUGCUGCAACAACUGAAAAGGCUGUCAAGAGAUUGAGCAGUGUUGCGGAUAAUGGAAGUGUUGGAGAGUAUGUUGAAUCUGAUAAAGCAUCUACGUGCUUUGAGAACUGGGUUUUCCAGUUUGCGCAGCUGUUCAAGAAUCACGUCGGGUUUGACUCUGAUUCUUACUUGGACCUCCAUGACCUUGGGAUGAAGCUGUAUACAGAAGCAAUGGAGGAUGCUGUAACUGGUGAAGAUGCGCAACAACUCUUUGAUAUCGCAGCUGAUAGAUUCCAAGAAAUGGCUGCACUAGCUAUGUUUAACUGGGGUAACGUUCACAUGUCUAAGGCAAGGAAGCAGGUCUGUUUUCCCGAGGAUGCCUCGAGAAAAGCUAUAAUAGAAGCGGUUGAGACUGCGUUUGUGUGGACAAGGAAUGAGUACAAUAAAGCUGCAGAGAAAUAUGAAGAAGCGAUCAAGGUGAAACCUGACUUUUACGAAGCUCUUCUUGCGCUUGGACAAGAGCAGUUUGAGCAGGCGAAGCUUUGCUGGUAUCAUGCACUCAAAAGCAAGGUAGACGCAGAAAGUGAGGUUUCCCAAGAGGUGCUUAAGCUCUAUAACAAAGCUGAGGAUAGCAUGGAGAGGGGAAUGCAGAUUUGGGAAGAGAUGGAAGAACGCCGUCUAAACGGAAUCUCCAAGUUCGAUAAACAGAAAACAGUGUUGCGUAAAAUGGACUUGGAUGGAUUGUUUAGCGAAGCUUCAGAUGAAGAAACUGUGGAGCAGACAGCUAAUUUGAGUUCCCAGAUCAAUCUCUUGUGGGGUUCGCUGCUAUAUGAGCGGUCUAUUGUGGAGUAUAAGCUCGGGCUACCAACUUGGGAUGAAUGUUUAGAGGUUGCAGUCGAGAAAUUUGAACUAGCUGGAGCUUCUGCAACUGAUAUCGCUGUGAUGGUAAAGAAUCAUUGUUCAAGCGAGAAUGCACUUGAAGGAAUGGGGUUCAAGAUUGAUGAGAUAGUACAGGCGUGGAAUGAGAUGUAUGACGCCAAGAGAUGGCAGAUGGGUGUCCCAUCUUUCCGGCUAGAACCAAUGUUCCGGAGACGAGCCCCAAAACUGCAUGAUAUCUUAGAGAAUGGUCUGGAUGACGAAACAUUCUUCUCAUAUGUAUCACUA